CGUCGACUUGUACCUGAGUCCUUUAGCUAUCGUUCACCUUGAUAACCUUGAUAACUUCUCCCAAAGUCUACCCAUCCUCUUCAUCAUGGGCGGCGGUUCUCAUCCCAGCAUGGCUUCAGCCUCUACCUAUCCAAGACUGGCUGCGAAGCCUGUUGGCAAGCAAAUUCACAAGAUUUACAUGGACAGAUUGAGGCAGUUCACAGACAACGGCCAAUACAGAAACCAAGGCUUACUACCCAAGAUUGAACCCGAACGCGCCUCUGGCCAACCUCACGUCAAGCUUGAAGUCUACUCUCCUCCAGACCUCUCUCGUCCCACCUUCAAAGAUGCAACCUCGCACGACUUCCGUCCCACAAAGGUUGGCGAAUCUUUCGGUCCCAGUUGGUCGACACACUGGUUCCGCGUCCACCUCACCGUUCCAUCCUCUCUGGCCGACAAGGACCACCUAGAACUGCAUUGGGACGCAAACAACGAAGGUCUUAUCUGGAACGAGAAGGGAGAACCACUACAAGGCCUCACUGGAGGAGGCGAGCGUAUCGAAUGGAUCUUGCCCAAGUCUUUCCGUGAUGGCAAGGAGCAUGUCUUUUACAUCGAGAUGGCCUGCAACGGCAUGUUUGGCAACGCUCCCGGAGGAGACAGCAUCCAGCCACCUCGUCCAGACAGGUACUUCCAGUUGCAACAAGCCGACAUUGUGUCCAUCAACUUGGAAGCAAGAGCUCUGUACAUCGACUUCUGGAUUAUUGGUGAUGCUGCCAGAGAGUUCCCCGAAGAUUCAUGGGAGGCUCACGAGGCACUUCAGAUCUGCAAUUCCAUCAUGGACACAUUCAUCGCUGCUGGUGGAAGCACCGACUGCAUCACUGAGUGCAGGAAGAUUGCAAAGAAGUAUCUGGGAGACGUCGACUCUGCCAAAGUAUACGAUUCGGACGAACCUGCUCUGAUCACCGCCAUCGGAAACUGCCACAUCGACACCUGCUGGCUCUGGCCGUGGGCUGAAACCAAGCGCAAGGUUGCUCGAUCAUGGUCCAACCAAUGUAACUUGUUGGAAAGAUACCCCGAGCACCGCUUCGUCGCAUCGCAAGCCCAGCAAUUCAAAUGGCUAGAGCAGCUGUAUCCCUCUGUCUUUGACCGCGUUAAGAGCAAGGUCAAGGAGGGUACCUUCCAACCCAUUGGUGGCAGUUGGGUCGAGCACGACACGAACAUGCCCAGUGGAGAGUCGUUAGUGCGCCAGUUUGUGUACGGCCAACGCUACUUCGAAAGUCGCUUUGGUCAGAGAUGUACUACCUUCUGGCUCCCUGAUACGUUCGGUUACUCGACACAGCUUCCUCAGAUCUGCCGUCUUGCUGGCAUGACGAGAUUCUUCACCCAGAAGCUCAGCUGGAACAACAUCAACAACUUCCCACACACCACAUUCAACUGGGUCGCAUUAGACGGCAGUCAGGUUGUUUGCCACAUGACUCCUGCCGAGACAUACACUGCUGAGGCACACUUUGGCGAUGUGAGGCGCAGUAUCACUCAACACAAGUCCAUGGACCAAGACCCUACCUCGCUGCUUGCAUUUGGUAAGGGAGACGGAGGCGGUGGUCCAACUUGGCAACAUCUUGAGAAGCUCAGGAGAUGUCGUGGUAUCAGUGAUAAGGUCGGGCUUCUGCCUCGCGUCAAGAUGGGAGACUCGGUCGACGACUUCUUUGCUCGUCUUGAGAAAAGAGUUGAGGAAGGACUUGAACUUGUGACCUGGUAUGGUGAGCUCUACUUUGAGCUUCACCGAGGCACCUACACAACCCAGGCCAACAACAAGUGGAACAACCGCAAGUCUGAGAUCAUGCUUCAUGAUAUCGAAUAUCUCGCAACUUUAGCCAGCAUCCAGGAUGUUGUCUCGAAAGGCAGCAAGAGUUACAAGUACCCCAAGAAGGACAUCGACGACAUGUGGGAGAACAUUCUCUUGUGUCAGUUCCAUGACUGCUUGCCUGGAAGCUGUAUCGAAAUGUGCUACGAUGAUUCUGACGAGCUAUACGCAAAGGUGUUCAAGACUGGUAAGAAAGUUCUGACUGAAGCUCUUCACGCUCUUGGAUUCGACGACGAAGUCUCCCACGAUAACGAGCUUGUUGCACUAAACACUCUUGGCUGGAACCGCAACGAAGUGAGCUCCCUGCCGUCUCCUGAUCAGUCUGCUCGUUAUGGCCUUCUCCAAGGAGAGACUGGAGCAAACACUGUAACGGACAUAAGUCAGCAAUCUUCGGGUGUCGAAGUCAAAGAGGUCAAGAAGGACGUUUUCCAUCUGACAAACGACCACUACGUUGUUGAAGUUACCGGUGGCGUUAUUACCUCACUGUACGACAGAGAAGCUCGCCGCGAGAUGGUCCCCAAGGGUGAGAAGGCAAACCAGUUGGUCAUCUUUGACGACAAGCCACUCUACUGGCAAGCCUGGGACGUCGAAGUCUAUCACCUAAACUCAAGAAAAGAGCUUCACGCAUCAAGUUCAACGAUUAUCAGCGAAAACACUCAUCACCGCGUAGGAGUUAAGACCACAACGAAGAUCUCUGACAAGUCGUCCAUCACAAUGACAAUCUCGCUCUCUGCAGCACCUCCAGGAGGUCGCUCUUACGUUGAGACCGAAGCAGAAGUCGACUGGCACGAGGACAUGAAGUUCCUCAAGGUCGAGUUCCCCACCACCGUCACCAAUACCGAAGCCUCCUACGAAACCCAAUACGGUAUCGUCAGACGACCCACCCACUACAACACAACCUGGGACAUGGCCAAAUUCGAAGUCUGCUGUCACAAGUGGGCCGAUCUCUCCGAAAACGGCUUCGGUGUCAGUAUCCUGAACGACUCCAAAUACGGGUUCGCAACUUGUGGAAGCUUGAUGCGUCUUUCUCUGCUCCGCGCACCCAAGGCUCCUGACGCUCAUGCCGAUAUGGGCAAGCACAAGAUUCGCUGGGCCAUUCUUCCUCACAAGGGACCUCUAGACCACCGCACCGUCCGCGCAGGUUUCGAAUUCAACAACCCUAUGGCUGUACACUCGCACCCUAACGUCUCUGAUGUCAAGGGCUUGAUGAAUUCGUUCAAGUUGUCCAAGGACAGUGAUGAGGGCUUGGUCCUCGAUACCAUCAAGCGUGGUGAAGAUGAUGAGGAUGUCAGCCGUGGCGAGCUUCCCAAGCGCAAGGGCAGAAAUGUCAUCAUUCGUGUCUAUGACAGUUUGGGAGGAAAGUGCCGUGGCUCUGUUGAAGUUGGCCAGGUGCCUGUUGCUAAAGUGUGGAAGUGUAAUAUCUUGGAAGAUGACAUUGAGGAGGUCCAGAUCUCCAAGGGCUCUUUCGACAUCGAGCUUAGGGCCUUUGAGGUGGCUAGUUAUAGGCUUUCAUUGGAAUGAUGAAUGAACGAAGGUGAUGUGGUGGGCUCGCAAGUAUAUUCUAGAUAGCAUGGAAAUUCGUAAUAUUUGCUCUGCAGCAUUAU